AGCCAGCCACCAAGUCUCGCGUUGGUGGACAAGCUCACCGCUGCAGAUUUCAAACUGCGUAGCUACAUCAUCUUGUAUUGUGUAUGCUAAACAAAUCAUGGAGGAUCUAAAUGAUUGUGAUUUUCUAACAGAGCAACCAACUGAACAACCGACUGAACAAACGGAGUCCGAAUUCGAGAAUGUAGUUGAGGAGAACACCAAUGGAGUGAAAACAGAUGGCGAAGAAUCCUCAACGCUAUCUGAUCCGAAGGAGAAGGCGCUUGCGAACAGAAGAGGAAAUAGGCACCAUCCAUACAAAAAUGGUGGUGUUGGAGACAAGAAGGGUGGUCAAAGGAACCGGGUGUUCAUAAGCAACAUUCCGUAUGAUAUGAAGUGGCAGGCAAUUAAAGAUCUGAUGCGUGAGAAAGUUGGUGAGGUUACAUACGUGGAGCUCUUUAAGGAUGCAGAAGGAAAGUCAAGGGUAAGUGAUGUGGGUGAUUCGCUGCAAGAGGUUCUAAAAGCCCCCGGCAGCUUUUUAAAAAAAAAGUUAACUGGUGUUGAUUGAUUAUUUUGGGUUUGUCAGUUACCGAACUGGAGGUGGGUUGUGUCACGAGCCUGAACGUUGGCUACAGAUGGAUACUUCUAUUGAAAGGUUGAAGUUUUGUUGAUUCUGGAAAACUAGUCUUAACUUAUGUGACGGUUAAAUCCUUGUUUUGUUGUGGUCAUUUCAAUUGGUUUCAAAGAUUGUCUGUUUGGCUAUUUUCCAAAGGGAAAUGUGGAGUGUGUGAUUCUGGUUUUAUUUUUUGAUCUUGAUUCCUUGCCUCAAAACCUCAAAUUACUAUCGUUUUUUGUAAGUGCCACAUUUCUCGUCUAACAAAAGACUUAUUGAACACAAAUAACAUGCCUUACUCUACAGCUCUAAAGCCACAUGAGGUCACAACAAAGAUAUCUCAUUUGUUGCAAUAUAUUAACUGAACCUCCUAACUGAAAUUUCUGAACUCUGCAUUUUAAUAUUUGUCUAAACCUUCUAAUUGUAAACUAAAAGGUUCAAUUCUGUUAAGAAUGGUGACAUGGAGUUUUUUUUUUUUUAAUUUCUCUAACACCAUUAUCUUUCAAGACCAAACAGGUAAUCUUCCAAAUUCAUAUUUAAUUGAGUGCUUUGCCUAACGUUUUACACAUUUAUCCCUUUUGCCCUUAAGUUUAAGGAAUAGAGUAGAGCUGGCACAUCCAGCUCCCAGCCAAACACAGUGAUGUUAAGAUUUGGAACUACUUGAAAGCCCAUUGAGAAGUGUUUGUUUUCUAUGCUGUAAACUUAACAUUGUCUUGUUUAUCUCCUUCACUGCUGGAUGUCACUUUGCUUCCUGCUUAGGGUUGUGGUGUGGUGGAGUUCAAAGACGAAGAGUUUGUGAAGAAGGCUGUGGACACCAUGAAUAAGCAUGACCUGAGUGGUAGGCCACUCAACAUCAAGGAGGACCCGGACGGUGAGCACGCCCGCCGGGUGCUGCAGCGCAUGGGGGGCAUGAUGCCGGGCAGCCGUGGGCCCGAAGGAGGCCCAGGCGGGAUGAAUCUGCCUCCCUCCCUCGCCAACAGCCUCAACAUACCACCGGACAUCCUCAACGCCAUGCAGGCCGGUCGGCUGGGCACCACGGUGUUUGUGGCUAAUCUGGACUUCAAGGUGGGCUGGAAGAAGCUGAAGGAGGUGUUCGCCAUGGCGGGUGUAGUGAAGCGGGCCGACGUGAAGGAGGACAAGGACGGAAAGAGCAGGGGAAUGGGAACGGUCACCUUUGAGCAGCCGCUGGAGGCCGUGCAAGCUAUAUCCAUGUUCAACGGACAGAUGCUGUUUGACAGACAGAUGCACGUCAAAAUGGAUGAGAAGUCACUACCGAUUGAAGACUUCCGUCAAGUGGAAAAAGCACCUCUGUUGCCACGGGGUCUUGGGGGCAUUGGGAUGGGCCUGGGACCAGGUGGGCAGCCUAUCAAUGCAAACACUGUUGGUGGAGGUGGAGGCAUGGGCUCCAUGGGGCCUGGAGGUAUGGACGGCCCUGGGUUCAGCGGUAUGAACAGACUGGGCGGAGGAAUGGGUGGUGGUGGUGGUGGAGGCUUCGGGGGCAUGGAUAAUAUGGGCAACAUGGGACAUGGCAUGACACCCAUGGGCCGAAUGGGAGGAAUGGGUGGUAUGGACUUUGGACGCAAUGACAUGCAGAUGAACCAGGGAUUCGGGAAUUCCUUUGGAACAAUGGCAGGUGGUUAUGGUGGAGGCAUGGGGAAUGCAGGCAUGGGUCAAAUGGGCACUGGAAUAGGUGGUGGGAUGGGCAACAUGGCGAUGGGCUCUGGUGUUAACCGCAUGGGCAUGGCUGGGAUGGACAUGAGCCGGGGCUUCGGGGGCUUCGGAGGGGCCGGCCGGGGCGGAGCACACAUGGGCGGAGCCAUGGGCGGAGCCAUGUCCGACCGCGUCUCCGGGGCCAAGGGAGGCUGUGUGAUAUUUGUGAGAAAUCUCUCCUAUGACCUCAAUUGGCAGAAGCUGAAAGAGAGCUUCAGCCACUGUGGCCAGGUGAUGUUCGCAGACGUCAAGAUGGAGAACGGCCGGUCCAAAGGCUGCGGCACAGUGAGGUUCGACUCCCCGGAGGGUGCAGAGCAGGCCUGCAGGAUGAUGAAUGGAACCAAAAUCAACGGCCGAGAGGUGGACGUCCGCAUAGACCGCAACGUCUAGACGCCACGGUUACACAACCCCCCCCCCCUCCCCCUCCCACGGCAGCGACACAGGGUCCUUGCUCGCCAAAUCUUUUUCGUUUUGUUUUAGAAACACUUUUAAUUCUAUAUUUUCAUGUCCACCCUGUCACAACAUGUUGGUUGUUAAUUAAAUCUGUUAGUUCUUUAUUUUAUCUUUUUUGUAAACCCCCCAUUUUUUUUUCCUGUAGUUUGGUUGAAUAAAGAAACUUUUUAAUUUUUAA